AUGGAUGGUUUUGUAGACAUGACUGCCAUUUGUGUUUUCCUUACUAGGAACCUAGUACCCACUUUGUUAGCCGAUGUCUAUUAUCACAUAAGUCAUAGGUAUACUAAGAAGAAGAGAUUGAUUGCUCGUUGUGCUCCUUUAUUGUAUCAAUGGUUUUUAGAACAUCUUCCGAAGACAGAUGCUUGGGUUGAACAGUCAGAUGUUAGUUGGCCUCAGAGAUUGGGAUCACUCCGAUCUGAAGAUCUCUCUUGGUACUCCAAAGAAUAUAUCAACGUAGACAUCAUAUUCAGUUGUGGAGAUUUCCCAAAUCUACCGCUCAUUGGAACUCAAGGAUGUAUGAAUGCUAAUCCAGUUCUAUCACUCAGACAACUCGGUUACCCAAUGGAAGGCCCUCCAGAGGCAAAUUCUUUGGAAGCUUUCUUGUUACUUGACUUUGGGGCUGAGAAUCCUAGCUUAUUCCAGCGAAUCAAAGAAGCUUGGAAGAAUAUCAAUCGAAAAGGGAAAGUUGAGUUAGGGAGAGCAAAUGGGAUUACAAAAGAACCAUAUUUUCAGUGGGUAAAGGAAAGGGUGCAAAUAAUUAAAAUGCCAUUUGUCAUUCGGACACCUAUACCUCUUCCUAAACCUAAGUUCACCCAUGUCCCUAUUGAAGAAAUAGAGGAACUCAAGACCGCCAUGGCAAAGCUAGAAAAAGAGAAUGAAGAGCUGCAGACAAAACUCCAACAAACCAUAAAUGAGAAAAAUAAUAUGAAGUGGGAGCUUGAGAGAAAAGAGGCACAACUUCAAGCCCACGUGGAAAAGUUCAACAAGGAAGAGCAUAAGAGAAAGAAGAUCAAAGUGGGAUUAGAAUAG